GAGUUCUUCAAGUUGGGUCAGGGUUUUGUUCGGACUUGGGCCAUCUUGGAUUGAUCCUCCGUUCGAUGCCUCCAUCCGUAAUUAGAGCCUCCUGCGGCAGGAACAGCUUUUGCCUCCAUUUGUCAUAACAGCGUCCAGCAGUAGGAGCAGCUCUUUCCUCCUUUGUUUCGUUCGAAGAAUUUGCCACCUAUGUCGUUUCUCGCAUUAGCUUUGCGGUGCGGUAGUGGACCUGGAAGGUAGACUCCUCGGUACUGAUUCACAUGGUGUAGCGAAAUUCCACAAUUUAAAUAUCUGAAGAGACGAAGAGACAAAGAAGAUUUAAGGAAGUUCCGGGAAUUUUCACACUUUGAUACCAGUAGACCAGAUUGUCGGAUCACCGUGACCUGCAGCCAUGAGUACUAUGAAAUUUUGCCGGGAGUGUAACAACAUUUUGUACCCCCGUGAGGAUCGAGAUAAGAAAAUCCUUCUGUACGCCUGUCGAAACUGCGAUCAUCAGGAAGUAGCAGACAAUAACUGUGUCUAUCGCAACGAAGUGCUUCACAGUGCCGAUGAACGCACUCAGGUUCUUCAAGAUGUCGCAUCGGAUCCAACCCUUCCUAGAACCAAAUCAGUAAGAUGCGCGAACUGUAAGCAUGGGGAGGCAGUCUUUUUCCAGGCAACCUCGAGAGGAGAGGAAGGUAUGACGUUGUUUUUUGUAUGCUGCAAUCCUAAUUGUGGACAUCGAUGGCGAGAUUGAGAUUCGAAGAAGUUGACAAUCCUCUUCGCAUCCUCUUUUAUGAAAAUUUUAGACCAAUUUGGUGUGGUCUAGGUCAUGCGUUGGGAUGGUAGAUGUCACCACCAUGAGGAAAUUCACAGUGUUAGAUUAUAGAAGUGGGGACCCUGAACUCCUCGCAGAAUUCUCAGACUUGGAAAAGCCCCUUGCGGUUGUGCAAGAAGUGCCAAUCUAGACUAAAGAACUUUGUAGAGUCAUUAUCACUCUUCUUGGUUUUAGGGGUUGAAGUGGUAGAACAAUGUGAGGUGGAUGGGUUCGGACGGCGUCUUUGUCAGUAUCUCAAUUGUCAUGAAACCGUUUUCUUAAGAGAAGAUGUUCACCAA